AUGGAACCACCACCUCUAAGAACCAUAGAAGAAUACCCAAAAGACCCCAUUGAUGAACUCCAACUCGAUAAAGAAACAAACUUCCCAGAUGUAGACACAUCAUGUCUCGCCACAUUCACCACUAGUGACAUAGAAGACGACUUCCUCAAAAGCAACUACUCAUACAACGAAACUGGAAAUGACGAAUCCGCCCUUCUAACAUCAUGUGUCGGGACCCGUUGGUUCAGGGCACCCGAGCUUCUAUUCGGGUCAACAAAUUACAGUGCAGAAAUCGAUUUAUGGUCUCUCGGGUGUAUAAUCGCAGAGCUUUUCACUCUACAACCGAUUUUUCCAGGCACUUCAGAUAUCGAUCAAUUAAGUCGAAUUUUUACAGUUUUAGGCAACUUAAAUGAAGAAAUAUGGCCCGGGUGUACACAAUUACCUGAUUAUAAAAUAAUUUCAUUUGGGAAAGUGGAAAACCCAAGUGGGUUAGCUUCAUGUCUUGUGAAUAGAUCACAAGAUGAGAUUUCACUUGUGGAGAAGUUACUUUGUUUUGACCCGGCGGGUCGGGCUGCAGCCAUGGAGCUGCUUCAUGAUAAGUAUUUGAAUGAAGAACCGGUUCCGGUUCCUUUGGGUGAAUUGCGGGUUCCCGGGUCGAACCGUGGUGGAGAUGAUGAUGGGUCGAGUGAAUCUGGGGAAUGGGGUGGGGGUGGACCCAUGGGUUCGGAUUCGGAUUUUGAUGAUUUUGGUGGGUUUGAUGUUACUAAAGGAAGUGGUGGAGACUAUUCGAUAAGUUAA